GUAUGCGAAAGGACAGAAUAACAAAACGUAGUUAGCUAGCUACUCACCAACAUUUCUUACCUGCCAUUAGGUUUGACAGAGGCAUGAUAAUCGACAUUGUAACCAAGUGGUGUUUGAUACGACUUCUUAUGCAGCUAAAUAACGUCUAGCUACCAGUAGCUAUAUAGCUACGCUAGCUGUCUUGAUAAUGUUGUUGUGGGUAUGGCUAGUUAGCUUAGCUAACUUGAUAUUUGCUAACAUAGCUGCUACCAGAGCUUUGUUGUGCGUUUUUAGUGGUAGUGAAUGCGGUAGAGUCCCAGUCUAGGUAUGGAGCAGUGUGCGUGUGUGGAGCGGGAGCUGGAGAAGGUGCUCCAUAGGUUCGUCAUGUACGGACACCAGUCAGAGGAACGUCUGGACGAACUACUACGCAGCGUCUGUGAGCUACGGGGACAGCUGGUUACAUUCGGGGUACGAGAUGCAGAUCUGACGGUGCUCUCUCAGACCAUGGCCCAGUGUUGUAAGAACAUUAAAGAAACUGUACAGCUGCUGGCCUCCAGACACAAGGACAUCCACGGCAGUGUCUCCAAAGUGGGCAAAGCUAUCGACAGGAACUUUGAUGCAGAGGUGAGUGCAGUGGUGGCAGAGACAGUAUGGGACUCACCUGAGAGACAGAAGUACCUGAGUGAGACCAUUGUGGAACACCUGUACAGACAAGGCAUGCUGAGCGUGGCAGAGGACCUAUGUCAGGAGUCUGGAGUAGUGAUUGACAUGAGCAUGAAGCAGCCGUUCUUGGAACUCAACAGGAUCCUGGAGGCCUUGAGGAUGCAGGACCUCAGACCAGCACUAGAGUGGGCAGUAACAAAUCGGCAGCGCCUGCUGGACCUGAACAGUACCCUGGAGUUCAAGCUGCACCGCCUCUACUUCAUCAGCCUGUUAAACGGAGGCAUCACCAACCAGCUGGAGGCGCUACAGUACGCCAGGCACUUCCAGCCCUUCGCCUCACAGCACCAGAGAGACAUACAGAUCCUCAUGGGUAGUCUGGUGUACCUGCGGCACGGCAUAGAGAACUCUCCCUACCGCUCUCUGCUAGAGACCAACCAAUGGGCUGAGAUCUGUAACAGCUUCACCAGGGACGCCUGCGCGCUGCUGGGGCUAUCGGUAGAGUCACCUCUCAGUGUCAGUUUUGCGUCAGGCUGCAUGGCCCUGCCCGUCCUGAUGAACAUCAAACAGGUGAUUGAACAGAGACAGUGUAGUGGAGUCUGGACACACAAGGACGAGCUGCCCAUUGAGAUAGACCUGGGGAAGAAGUGCUGGUACCACUCUGUGUUCGCCUGCCCCAUCCUCAGACAGCAGACGUCAGAGAGCAACCCUCCCAUGAAGCUCAUCUGUGGACACGUCAUCUCCAGAGACGCCCUCAACAAACUCACCAACGCUGGAAAACUGAAAUGUCCCUACUGUCCCAUGGAGCAGAACCCGUCAGAUGCCAAGCAGAUCUUCUUUUGAUCCCCCAUCCUGUUUCCUGAAACCGCCAGGCCCUUGGAGCUACAGUAGCUACCUGCUACCCCAGGACCCCUGGAAAUCCCCAUCCUACUUACUCACAGGCACCAAUUUGCCCCAGUGCCCCCACCCAAACUCAGACAGAUCCCUUCCAGUGAUGGCCCAAGGCUGUAAUACUCCUGCCUCGUCUUGCCUCAUCAACAGCUCCUAGUGUACAGAGGGCUGAUGUGGAUGGCCCAUCAAACGACUUCUACCCAUAGAGAGACAGAGAGGAGUCGGUCGGCAUGAGGACGAAGGAAACAUCUCAAAAGGAUUGUUCAUUCAUUGACACUCGUUCAUUUGCAACUGCCUGCUGAACUUAUUCUACUCUUUUUCUUUAAGGAUGUGAUGAGGCUUAUGCUUUCUUUUGUGGGAUGUUGAUAGGGUAUCGAGUUGAUGUUGAUAGGGUAUCGAGUUGAGUUGAUGUUGAUAGGGUAUCGAGUUGAGUUGAUGUUGAUAGGGUAUCGAGUUGAGUUGAUGUUGAUAGGGUAUCGAGUUGAGUUGAUGUUGAUAGGGUAUCGAGUUGAGUUGAUGUUGAUAGGGUAUCGAGUUGAGUUGAUGUUGACAGGGUAUCGAGUUGAGUUGAUGUUGACAGGGUAUCGAGUUGAGUUGAUGUUGACAGGGUAUCGAGUUGAGUUGAUGUUGACAGGGUAUCGAGUUGAGUUGAUGUUGACAGGGUAUCGAGUUGAUGUUGAUAGGUCGUUGAGUUGAUGAUGAUGAUAGGCUGUCGAGUUGAUGUUGGUGAUAGGCUAUCGAGUUGAUGAUAGGCUGUCGAGUUGAUGUUGGUGAUAGGCUAUCGAGUUGAUGUUGGGGAUAGGCUUUCGAGUUGAUGUUGGUGAUAGGCUGUCGAGUUGAUGUUGGGGAUAGGCUAUCGAGUUGAUGUUGGGGAUAGGCUAUCGAGUUGAUGUUGGGGAUAGGCUUUCGAGUUGAUGUUGGGGAUAGGCUGUCGAGUUGAUGUUGGGGAUAGGCUGUCGAGUUGAUGUUGGGGAUAGGCUAUCGAGUUGAUGUUGGGGAUAGGCUAUCGAGUUGAUGUUGGGGAUAGGCUAUCGAGUUGAUGUUGGGGAUAGGCUAUCGAGUUGAUGUUGGGGAUAGGCUAUCGAGUUGAUGUUGGGGAUAGGCUAUCGAGUUGAUGUUGGGGAUAGGCUAUCGAGUUGAUGUUGGGGAUAGGCUAUCGAGUUGAUGUUGGGGAUAGGCUAUCGAGUUGAUGUUGGGGAUAGGCUAUCGAGUUGAUGUUGGGGAUAGGCUAUCGAGUUGAUGUUGAUGUUGGGGAUAGGCUAUCGAGUUGAGUUGAUGUUGAAAACCUGUUGAUGAUGAUGAUGAUGAUGGCCUUUCGAGUUGAUAGCGAUAGGAUAUCGAGUCGAGUUGAUUGGGUAUCGAGUCGAGUUGUUGGAUGACUGCUCUGUUCCUUUGUAGGCUUUCCUCAGUACAGAAUGCUCUAUCCAUCUGUAGGCUUUCCUCUGUACACAGAAUGCUCUAUCCAUCUGUAGGCUUUCCUCCUUACACAGAAGGCUCUAUCCAUCUGUAGGCUUUCCUCAGUACACAAUGCUCUAUCCACCUGUAGGCUUUCCUCAGUACACAGAAUGCUCUAUCCAUCUGUAGGCUUUCCUCAGUACACAGAAUGCUCUAUCCAUCUGUAGGCUUUCCUCAGUACACAAUGCUCUAUCCAUCUGUAGGCUUUCCUCAGUACACAGAAUGCUCUAUCCACCUGUAGGCUUUCCUCAGUACACAGAAUGCUCUAUCCAUCUGUAGGCUUUCCUCAGUACACAAUGCUCUAUCCAUCUGUAGGCUUUCCUCAGUACACAGAAUGCUCUAUCCACCUGUAGGCUUUCCUCAGUACACAGAAUGGGUCUUUUAGAAUGAUUUAAUUGAUGUUAGAGGGGUGAUGUGACAGUUAUUUUAAUUUUAUUUUUAGGAAGUUGUCUGAUUUCAGGAGAGUAUUUGAACUUCUAUAUUACAGAGGUAAAGCUAAGUUGCCUCUGAGAAAACAUAUUCACAUACAUUUGAUUGAGAUUGUGAUUGGCUGAUAGGUGGUGACUGUGGUUACAGUUUGUGAAUGGAACACUGAUUGUAAAAAAAUGUUUAACAUUUCUCUUUCUAUUGGCGAUGAUGUAAUAAAGGCCCUGAUUGUUGACAGUCACUUUGGGUUACAGUACAUGUAUCAGUGUGAUGAUCAACGGAGAGGUCGAGGGUCAAUUGGCUGAUUUUGAUUUUGCAACUGGCUCCAAUAACAAGAAUUUUCCUGAAGGAAGCCAUGUUUCUUGUUCUGUGUCGGCCGAUGUAUUCAAGAAAAACAAAUUCUACUACUGUGAAGUCUGCAUUUGUUUUUAUUUAUCAUCGCUAGAAUCAAGUCUCUUGUAAAAUAGUGAAACCACAAGAAACAUAAUACAUUUUAUGAAAUAUAAUUAUGCCACAAAAUAGCAACAUCAGUAUUGGGUUGGAUCCAUGAUCAAUCCUUCUCCGUUUUCCGAACCGUUGUCAUACCAGCCCAUGGAAUGGCGAUGUCAUACCAGCCCAUGGAACGGCGAUGUCAUACCAGCCCAUGGAACGGCGAUGUCAUACCAGCCCAUGGAACGGCGAUGUCAUACCAGCCCAUGGAACGGCGAUGUCAUACCAGCCCAUGGAACGGCGAUGUCAUACCAGCCCAUGGAACGGCGAUGUCAUACCAGCCCAUGGAACGGCGAUGUCAUACCAGCCCAUGGAACGGCGAUGUCAUACCAGCCCAUGGAACGGCGAUGUCAUACCAGCCCAUGGAAUGGCGAUGUCAUACCAGCCCAUGGAAUGGCGAUGUCAUACCAGCCCAUGGAACGGCGAUGUCAUACCAGCCCAUGGAACGGCGAUGUCAGCGAGUUCUGCACCACCAUCUUUAACAGCCGACACGUGGUAGUAGUCAGCCAUUAUAUCAACUUUGCACUGAUCGCCAGUCAGAAUGAAUGAUGGAAGCAGGUAUAGUUUUAUAUUACGAUUUGUGUGUUCUCACAUGUCUUUGGUUGAUGUUACAUUUGAUUUACUGCUUUUGGUUGACAAUCAUUCAUCUCCUUUCCCAGAUUGACAGAAUACACUAAGGUGUGUUAUGGCUUCUUCCUUUGGUUCUUUUCCAGUAGUCGAGUUCUUGUGUGAUAGGUUGGCCUUCUACCUGCUUCUCUGUCUUUAUUAAAGUUGUAUUGUACAUAUUUAUUCUCUAACAUGUUUCAUAUUAUACUUGCAUCUUAAAAUGGAAUAAAAACUUUAUACUCCAA